UAUAAAUUAUAAAUGUCUCUUUAAACAAUAGAAUUUGAGUGAUGUAAUGGGCUACUGGAGGUGGGGUUGGGUCGGGUCAAAAAGCCCAUGCAAAUCAAAACCACGUAGUCCCACAAGCAACGAAAAACAUGCUUUUCUUGGGGUUUCUCUUUUUCUCUCUAAAACCCUGAAAUCGGUGGCCACUGCUCGAAUGGAUGGAGAUGUAUUAUCUCUCCAGAAAAAUUCUCAAUCGCAGGCUCUUCCCCUUUCUUCGUUACGAUCUUUCUCCUCUUCUCUUUUCUCUUUCCUCCAAAUCACUUCCUUCUCUCUCUUCCAUUCCCCAAACCCUCCUCUUACCUAAACCCUGUCCGACCCCAAUUCUCAGUUUCCAUCAAUUUCACACCAAUUCGUCUCCAGAUUCUUCAAUUCCUUUCAUUUCCUCAACUGGGUCUUCCUCAUUUCCUCUCACGGCAUUCCCAUCUUCUCAAUUUUUUGGUAGAUAUAAUUUUCGCUGGUUUCGAAGUUUCUCAGCUUCAUCUUCAGGGCUAAAUGCAACUGCAAAGCAAGUUUCGGAGAUAAUCUAUUUGAUUAGAAGAGGUGAGAAUGAUUUGGAAUCCAAGUUGGAUAAUAUGAAUGUAAGUCUAUCUGAGGCAUCAUUAAUUACCAUUUUUCGGACUUUAAAUUACGAGAAAGUUUCUGCAUUGCGUUUCUUCAAUUGGAUUCGAAGGUCACAUCCCGAGUUUUAUGAUAACUCUGACAUUUGCAGUUUGGUUUUUGAUAAUUGUGGGAGAUUAGAUGACUUUGACUUAAUAUAUGUUCUUUUGCACGAUUUUAGGCUGCACGGAAUAGUUCUGAAUCAAAAGGCUUUUGGUUAUUUACCUAUUAUUGUUUCCAGUAAAGCUGCAACAAAGAAAUCUAUAAGCAAAGUGGUUGAGGUGUUAAACGAAAUCGGUGGAUCAUGUGGUCUUUCUGGAAUCCAUGCUUUGAUUGAGAUGUUGUGUGUUCUAGGAUCCUUUGAAAUGGCUGAAUAUGUGAUUGCAAAAACAGAGAUGAGGUUGUCAAAAUACAAUUUGUUGAUUAGAGGAAGGUGUCGUAGGGGUCAUUUUGAAGAAGCAAGAGAGAUACUUGAUAGGAUGAUCAAAGUUGGUUGUAACCCAAAUUCCCGGACGUUUAACUAUCUACUCAGUUGUUUAUGCAAGAAUGAUAAAGUUGCUGAGGCCUGUCAACUGCUUGAGCAGAUGAUGGAAAGCGGCUGUGCUCCUGAUGCAAUAACGUUUGAGGUAUUCAUAUGUUAUUUGUGUAGACUUGGUAUGUUAGAUAUGGCAUUGGAGUGGCUUGAUAAAAUGGUGUCAAGGGGUAUUGAACCUCGUGCUACCACACAUGCUGCCUUUAUAAAGGGCUACUUCAAAUUGCAGCGGUAUCAGGAGGCACACAAGUAUGUGGUUGUUUGUAGUGGGAGGUAUAAGAAAGUGAGCAAUAUGGUUUACGGUUUGUUGGCGAGCCUUCAUAGCAAAAGGGGAGAUCCUGUCAUUGCACAAAGUAUUCUUUCUGAGAUGAUAGAAAAGGGUCUCAAACCCAACUUUGCAGUGUAUAGUACUGUCAAUAAGCAGCUCCAUAAAUCAGGCAGAGAAGAUCUGGCUAGAAAUUUGGGGAGCAGCCUUUCCAGCUUGAUUUCACAGUCAAGUUCUGAUAAUGGUUGAUAUUUGUCUUACAUUUCUAUAAGCGGAAAUUUACUGCUGAUCUUCUGGUUCUAGUUUUAUAAAUGAGUUCACUGCAGGUCCACAAGCUAAAGCAGUGAGUGCUUUUUCCUCUGGUCAAUCAUGUACAAGUAACCUAGGAUCAAAGCUUUUUCUUUGCAAGAUAUUUUACUAUGGUUCCUUAAUUUAAUAAGUAGAUAAGAAUCUCAACUAUAUGAUCAACCGAUGGCAACAAGAGAAGAAAGUUGACUUGUUUGAGUUGCCUCAACAUUUUUCUUGUUGUGAAUUAUAGUGGCAAUUCUUUUAAGCCUUUGUUUUACUUCUUUAAACAUGGAUUUUUGUUUUUUGUUUGCUCAUUGAUGUUCUUAACAAUAGCACGCCAUAGUUUAUCCUCUUGAUUUGAUGUUCUGUUUAGCGUGUCCUGGUCAUAGUUAAACUAAAGGUUUAUUUGGAUUGACAGUGAGAUUAGUUCAGAUGAGAUUGAAAACAAUGAUAGAGGUGAGAUUGGUUACUGUAAUGGUGAGAUUAAAAUCAGUAGUGGAAUAUGUGUUCGGACGUAAAAACAGUUAUAAUGGUGAGGUGAAUUGUAGUGAAAAUAAAAAA